AUGGACAAAUGGAAGAACAUCCCUUUAUCAAAGGAAGAAGAAGAAGGGGUUGUAGCGGAAGGUGACGAAGUCUGCGGAGAAGAGAUCUUUCAAAGGACCCUUGCUGGGAAGCUAUGGACAGAAGGCGGUUUCAAUGCUAGGGCGUUCACAAGCACUAUGAUAAACGCAUGGAAACUCAAGAAUCCUGUAGAAACGCAAGAGCUGGGCAAAAACCUAUUCCUCUUUCGUUUUGCUACAAAGAGGGAUUUGGAAUAUGUGUUGAAAAAUGGCUCGUGGAGUUUCGACAAGAACCUAUUGGUCUUGGCUCGUGUGUCGGGUGAAGAGCAACCGUCGGUGCUGAAUAUGCAUUUUGGAUCGUUUUGGAUUCGAAUCUAUGAGCUUCCUCUUAUGCUCAGAUCUGAGGCCAUGGCGAAGAAAAUUGGCGGUAUCUUAGGAGAGUUUGAAAAGAUGGAUCAGAAGGAAGCUCACAAGAAUGGACGGUUUCUGCGAAUCAAAGUGACGAUGGACUUAAAGCUACCACUUAAAAGAGGAACAGUUGUCAAAUUCAAAGAGAAAGCUCUCAGGGUCCAUUUCAAAUAUGAGCGUCUGCCAACAUUUUGUUUUGUUUAUGGAAGAAUAGGGCACCAGUUAAAGGAUUGUGAAGAUCUUGGAGAGUUGAGUGAAGAAGGUUUCGAGCAUAUUGAGGAACAAGAGCUCUAUUUUGGUCUAUGGCUCAGAGCAUCACCACUGCCAAAAGUCAUGGAUGAACAAAGAAAGGACUCUAGCUCCGGGAAUUGCAGUAGGAGUCUUUUCAACAUUUCAUCGAGUCAAAGCAAAUGUGGCUCUAAGGGAAAGGAGAAGGAGGGAGAAGUGGAAGUGGAGCAGAGGGUUCCUUUAGAAAUACAGAAUAAAGGAGGAGGAAAAGAGGCAGAUGCUUCGAAACAAACGAGCGCACAAGAGAUUGAAUCCGUGGCUGAAUCUCUAGGGGUAGUAGAUAUCUCCAAAACGGGGAAGUUAUUGGGAGGGAACCAACAGUUAGCAGCUAAGAAAAGGAAGUGGAUAAGAAGGAAAAGUGUUAAGAAGACCGUUAUAGAUCAACAGAAGGCGGCUGAGUGGGAGUUGAGCAAGAGGCAGCUAAUAGACGUUAUGGUUACUGAUGGAGCUUUGGAAGACUGUGGUGAAAAAAAGAGAAAACAGAUCCAGGAGGAAGAUAAGACUAAUGCAAAUAGACCAGAGGUAGUGUUAGGGGACCAACACUGCCUUCCCCAAUGA